CGUCCGCCCCCCCCCCCCUCGUCCCCUCGCAAUGGCAGUAGACCGAAUUAGCAAAGCACGCCCUUUUCUGGCCUGGACCGCGAGAAUGUGGUCGGCGAUUGCGCUAACUAUGCUCGUGGGCGGCUGUUUGGUCCUUCAGAGGAGAUCCGGUUCCCUGCCCUCCGCCCGCACGCCCAUAGAUGCCGUGGGUCGUCAGGAGAGGGCGGAGUGUGGGCGUGAAGAGGGAAAUAAGGAAUACUUACCUCCUUGUCCAGCUACUCCCCCGGGCUUGCAAGGAAAACUUGAAGUAAGAGAAGACAUUUCAUUAGAAGAAACAAUAAAGGAACUAGCUGACGGAGUAAGGGUGGGGGGGUCAUGGUCUCCCCCCCAGUGCCUGCCACGCUGGAAAAUCGCGAUUAUCGUUCCAUUUCGCGACAGGCAAUCGCAGGUCGGCCCAUUCCUGUACCACAUGCACAAAUUCCUACAGCGACAACAGCUCAAUUAUACCAUCUAUAUCGUUGAACAAGAAGGUAAGAAAAUGCUUCAGAAAUCCUUUGUGUUUACUUCCAUGGAGCUUGCGCUUUUGGUAGCGUUGGUCGGUACGGACCUAUUUAACCGCGCCCGCCUCCUGAACGUGGGCUACCUGCAGGCGCUAACUGACGGUCCCUUUGACUGCUACGCCUUUCACGACAUAGACAUGCUGCCUGAAGACGAUCGACAUCUGUACCACUGUUCACCGCAGCCGAGGCACCUGGCCGUUGCUGCUUCGAAUCAGAAUUACAGCCUCGCCUACAACAAGUACUUCGGGGUGCUUGCCUCAUGACCCAGAACACCUCGCGCGUCAACGGCUGGAGCAACAUCUAC